AUGACACCAAAUUCAAAUGAGGGAAAAGUUGCGUCACAUUUAGGUGUUCGCUAUGGAGAAAACCUACGGAUAACCGUAGCAGCCAAUCAGGGCGGCCGCAAAUAUAUGGAAGAUCGCGUUCAUAUAGAAACUAUUAGGGAUGAUGACGGUUCUAUAAAAUUCACCUUUUUUGGGAUUUUUGAUGGUCAUGGAGGCCAUGAAGCAAGUGAGUAUGUCAGAAGGAAUCUCCUGAAUAAUAUAAUGAAAAAUGAGUUAUUCGAUUCUGACGACGACGAUGAUGUAUUAGAAGCUAUCAGAUUGGGCUUUCUCACUACUCAUCACGGCAUCUGGAAAGUAGUGUCGGAGUGGCCUCGUACGGCCUCGGGGUAUCCCAGUACAGCAGGAACAACAGUCAGUAUUGCUAUUCUCAGGAAUGGCAAACUCUACACCGGUCACGUUGGUGACUCUGCCAUCAUAUUGUUGAAAAGAGCUUAUCGUAAGGACAAUUCAGAGGAUCUUGUUCCUCAUAGGCUAACUAUUGAUCAUAAACCGGAGAGUGAAGAUGAACAAGCAAGGAUUAGAAUAGCAGGCGGAUCGGUAGCGCUUAAAAGCGGAGUUGCACGUGUUGUUUGGACACGACCACUCAAACAUCAUACAGGUCCAGUUAGGCGAAGUACACCGACGGAAAGUAUUCCAUUCCUUGCUGUCGCCAGAAGCCUAGGAGAUGUGUGGUCCUACUGCGAGGACACUAAGGAAUUUGUUGUCUCUCCUGAACCAGAUCUGGCUGUGCAAGAGUUGACUGGUGCGAAAUUUCUUUCUCAUUUUAAUUUUUGA